AUGGUCAGAAGCGGAGAUGUCCCUGGAGCUGCUCUAGAGGCUUCUGCUGCUCCCCGAGUCAUCAGGGUGACCGUCAAGACCCCUGGGCAGAAGGAGGAGUUCGUGGUGCCCGAGGACAGGCUCAUCAAGGAGUUUAAGGCUGGCAUCGCAACCCGUUUCUCCUCUCCCACCGACCGACUCGUGCUGAUAUUUGCUGGCAGGAUUUUAAAAGAUCAGAAGACCUUGAGCCAGCAUGGGAUCCAGGACGAUGCCACCAUCUACCUUGUCAUCCAGUCACGAAGGAGACCUCAGGAGUGUCCAGGUCAGCAUGCCAGCUCCCCAGAGGGUGCAGCUGCCACCCAAGCAGAGAACAGCAGCCUCUCCAGGCUGGGAUCUUCUGGCAGCACGGCCUUUGGCACAGACGGCCUGCGGGAGCUUGCCAGCAACCUCGGCCUGAACACGGCCAACUUCUCUGAGUUCCAGAGCCAGCUCACGUCCAACCCUGAGAUGAUGUUCCAGCUCUUGGAGAACCCCUUUAUUCAGAGCCGGCUCUCCAACCCAAACCUGAUGACCGAGCUGAUCACGGACAAUCCUCUGAAGCAACAAGUGAUCCAGAAAACCCCGGAGAUUGGCCACUUCCUGAACACCCCUGAUAUUCUGAGGCUCAUGCUGGAGCUUGCUCGGAGUCCGGCCACUGUGCGGGAAAUCAUGAAAGACCCCAGCCAGGCCUUGAGCUUUCUGGGCAGCAUCCUGGGCGGACGCAGCGCCUCUCAGCAUGUGGGUAGGGAUCACUCGGAUUUAACGCUGGAGGCAGUGCAGACGCAGGCUACAGAGUACUCAUUUGCUUCUCUGAGGAGCAAUUCAUCCCUUGCCAGCAGCCAACCUCCUUCGCCCCCGGCUUGUACUCUGCCAUCCAGCUCCCCUAGUAACACCAGUGGCAGCAGCCUUGGCUGCAGCUGUAGCAUUACUGACUGCACAGCACAGAGUUGCACUGGAGUCACUCCAGACCCAGGAAGAGGAGCCAGUGCCGCUGUCUCAACAGCCAUCAAGAGCUUGCUGCAGCAGGCUGUCAAACAGCUUGUGCAGAACAUUCUGGUCGGGCCUGAUGCGAGAACCAUGUGGCAGUCGCCUGGCCGGAACCCCGACCUGGGGACAAAGACACUACUGCAGAGCCCCCCGAUAGCUGGGAAGCCUCUGAUGCAGCCCCUCCAAACCUUCCAUCAGCAAAUCUGGCACCCAGAGGUGCCAGCGGCCAUGCCAGGCCCUAGAGAAAUGCAAGUGCUGGCACAGAUUCAGCAGAGGCUGCAGGCACUGGCAAUGGGAGAACCUGGCAUCCCAGUGCAGUUCCUGUCUCCUUUAGCGGGGUCGGGGCAUGCUGCAGGCUCAGGAGGGAGAGCCCUCUCUAGCUCUGGGCUCAGGGAAGCGGCACACUCAGCCUCAGCAGCACCAAGCCAGCAGUUCACUGUUCAGCAGGUGUUGCAGGCCCUUGCUAGAGCAAAUCCUCAGGAAGCCCAAAACCUCUGA